AUUAGAUGUGUACCUUCAAAAGCGCCUGUUUUAAAUUUCGCGAGUACAUCUUUUUCCAAGGUCUCUUCAAGGUCCUCUUCAACUUUUCGCUUCCCUCAGAUUACUGGACAUAAAAUCUCCAGGAAAUGAUGUUACUUCAAUUUCCCUGUGUUAUACCUACCUAAAGAAUUCGCUUAUUUUUUUAAAACUAAUAGAAGGAGUAAUAAUUACAUACAAUUGUUGCUAAUAUAUAUCACAUGCUUUAAUAUCUGGCUUGGAAACUUUAUUUCCAGAGUUUUAUACGUCAUAUAAAUUUCUCUGCACCUUUAUUAAUAUUUAUACAGUGUGUAUUUUGUCGCACUUAUGUGUAAAUUUAUUUGAACCAUAAAUGGACAUAACCGUCAACGUUCCCCCUGAUUCAACUAACGGUAAACUUGAGAAUGUGACUUCUAAAACCUUUGACAAAACGUGCUCUGACUCUCACCACAACAAUAACUCUCUUCCGACGUCAUCCACUGCUUGUAAAACACAUUUAUGUCAAGGAGUUUAUCUACCUGAUGACGAUGGAUCUAUUCUCACUCCUGAACAUGCCUUUGUACAGUAUCAAACCCGGUCUGAAGACCAAGCCUGCCAGAUUUGUGGUCAGCCAGCUGUCGGAUUCCACCAUCGGGCAUACGUUUGCGAGGCCUGCAAGAAAUUUUUCAUGCGACAUACAGCUGCCAGAUUACGAAAUUCUGAAAUUGGAUCUACAGUUUCUGAAUCAAUAUGUCCAAUGGGUGGUAGAUGUCGUGUUGAAGGUCCCGGUCGUGGUAAAUGCCCACAUUGUCGUUAUCGAAAAUGUUUAGAGUUGGGAAUGACUUUAACACCUCCCGGUGGUGAAGCUGGCUGUGAUAUUUCCCAAAUACCGUGUCGUGUAUGCAGUGGUCCAUCUUCCGGUUUUCAUUUUGGUGCAUUAACAUGUGAAGGCUGCAAGGGUUUCUUUCGACGAACUGUCUUAUCCAAUGUUCGUUUAGAAUGUCUUGGCAAUAAUGAUUGUCCAAUUACACCAGCUAAUCGAAAUAUGUGUAAAAGUUGUCGAUUUCAACGUUGUCUAGCAGUUGGCAUGUCUAAAACUGGAAGUCGUAUUGGUCGACAACCUAAUGCAAUUAAAUAUUAUUGUGCUCGAGAAAUUUCCCAAUUAACUAAUUCUAAUGAUUGUGAAGCAACCACAACUAUGAAUCCAUCUUCAAGUUCAUCAAAUAAACAUGAAUCUAACCGACGUAAUUCAGUUAGUCAUAGUAGUACUAGUAGUGGUACUACAAAUCUAAGUUGUAACAUCAGCAAUAAUGGUAAUAAAAAUAAUAAUAUUACUGCUAAUCAUGAUGAUAAUAAUCAUAGCAACAGUAAGAAUAAUAAUCUUAAUGAACAUGAUUUAUUGUCAAUUGCUGAAGAACAUUGUAGAUCAGUAUUAGGUCAAUCAAAUUAUCCAUCAUCUAGUUGGCCUUCAUUUAAACGUAUGAUGUCUAAUCUUGAUCAUUUGGAUUCAAUUAAUAACACUACUAUCGCCAAUACGACCACCGUCUCCAUAACAACAACAACGACAACAACAACAAUAAUAUCAACAACUGGAGUAUCUUUAGUUCCAUCAAGUAUUCCUUUAACAUCAACAUCUACAGUAAAUCAUUUCAUUGAACACAGUAAUCAUAAUUAUAACGAGUUACAAAAUAGUGGUGAUUCGUUGAAAAAUGGAUCUUUAUUAUCUUUAUCACCGUCUUCAUCUACAUCACCAUCGUCAGGGAUUAAAAGUCAUAUAAAGUAUAAGACAGAUUCACGUCCACAAUAUCUUAAUUCUCAGUCACGUCCUUUUCAUCAUUAUCCUCCGCCACCACCGCCGCCUCAUCAUCCUGCACAAUCAUCUAUUUCUCAGAACAAUUGUUUUAAUAACAAUAAUGUUGGUAUGAGUGGUAGCAAUAAUAAUAUUGCUAAUGGUGUCGUCCUUCUCUCUGGCCGUGCUGAUUCAAUUUUACCUUCUUCUACUUCCAAUGGUGCUAGUCAUGGUAGUGAUUAUCUUUUAAUUGAUCCUUCAAGAAAUAUUACUAAACGACGUAAAACAAUACCAUCUGAAAUAGAUGUUAACUUAGAGAUCUCUGAUAAUAGUAUUACAUCUUCAAAAUUAACACCUAUUAAUUCAGUACACAUACAUGAUGAUGAUGAUGAUGACGUUGAUGAUGAAGGCUGCGAUCAUGAUGAUAUUGAUGAUGUUAAUGAUAAUGUUGAGGACGUUGAAAAUGGCAAUUCUACUAGUGGUUCUAAUGGUAAUGAACAUUUAAAUCAACGUUACAGUCAUAGACAUCAACAACAAUAUCAUCAUCCUGUACACCAAGCUGUACAUCAUCGUCACCAACAACAAAACCGUCGUAACGCGGACUUGACAAGUUUGAAUGAAGAGAAUAUCCAUAAUGUUAUCGGUUCUGUUAAUAAUGAUUUGGAUAUCAGUAAUAGUUGUAGAAGUAAUAAUAAUAAUAAUAAUAGAUAUGAGAAACUUGUAGAUAAUGGGAAAAUUCAUAACAUAUCAGUGGAUAAUUUCUCAUUUAUUAAUCAAUCAAGGCAUUUAUCGAAUCAAAUUAACUUGCCAAAUGAUAAUGAACAUAAUAUAAACAUUAAUAAUAAUAAUGAGAAUUGUUCCACUGUACUUGAACAAUUACAAUUUAGAAAUUAUCCAUUAAUGGAUAGAUCAUCAGUUAUUGUUGAAACUCAGUCAAAAGAUUCUCAUGCGGUAACUACUCAUUUAAAUCAAUCCUAUUUACGACCUACACAAUUAAAUUUAACAACUGGAAGACAUUUACCUGAUGAAUCCUAUUCAUUGUCUUAUCUUUCAUCUUCAUUAUCAUCAUCACCAACAUUAUCAUCGACAUUAACUACUACAUCAUGUCCACGUUCAUCUGUGAUAUCAGACUAUUCUGACUUCAAUAAUCAAUUAUCUGCUGAUGUUAGUGAUAAUAAUAACAAUAACAAUAAUAAUAAUAAUAAUCAAGUAUGGUUACCAAAACAACGAUAUAUUAAAUCUAGUCGGAGUUUACCAAAUGAACAAACUAAUAAUCAACUAAUAAGUUCAAAUAAUAAUAAUAAUCAGAAUGCCAAUAAUUGUUUAGAUUCAAAUUCAUUAGGAUUUCUCAAUGGUGGACGUAAUGUUGUUGAUAUAACUGGAUUAACUGAGACUGAACCAACAUCAACAACUACUACACCGUGGUUUGCAGCAGCAGCGGCAGCUGUAGCUGUUGUUAUGGCUGCAUCUCAAUCAUCAUCAUCAUCAUCAACUAAUUCCGCUUUAUUAGAUCCAUAUACAGUAUCAUCAAAUUUAAAUGAAUGUUUUGGAAUCAAUGAUCGUAAUAAUAAUAAUUCAGGUAUAAAUCAAGUAAAUAAUCGACGUGUCCCAGUGAAUACAACUAAUUUUUCAAAGCAACGUUUCAAAUUAGGUCUACAUGAAACUGUCUUAGAUCAUCAACAUUCUGGUAGAUCAUUUUUGUCAAAUUCUUAUAAUAUUAAUCCAUAUGAUACUAAUACUAAUACUACUAGUGGUCCUAUGAAUGAAAAUAUAUUGAAAAUUGGUAAAUAUGAAUCAAAUGAUACAUUACGUUCCUUACAUCCAUCAUUAUCAUCAUCAUCAACAUCAUCAGUAGCAUCGUCAUUAUCUGAUGUUACACAUCCGUCGACAAUAGCUGCUAUGCAAGCGGCGGCUGUUGCAGCAGCAGCAGCUGCUACCGCUGCUGGUCUAGUUCUAUCCAAUAGUCGUGUACGUGGAUUAUCUGAUGAAAUUUAUCCAAAUUUAAAUCGUGUCAGCAUUUCUAAUUCAUUGCCUGAAUUACCAAAUAAUUGUUAUACAUCAACUACACCAUCAUCAUUAUCCUCAUCAUCAUCAUCACCACCAAUAAUGGGUAAUUUUGGUAGAAUUAUUGAAAAUCUUUCAAUGUAUUCAACAUCAUUAGAUCGUAAUAUUCAACCGAUUAAUAAUCUGGAUUAUCCAUCAUCAUCAACAUUAUCCUCAUCCUCCUCAUUAUUAUUGUCAUCAACAGUGAAUAAUUUCCCUGUUAAUCAUUCCAUUGUAAAUACUACAUUACCAUCGAUUACUGUACCAGUUAUAACUAAUAAAGAAAUUAGUCCACGUUUAAAGAAUGGUAUUAGACCGACUUCUAUAACAGUACAACAAUUUACUGAACGCAUUCAUGUUGCUGCCAAAUAUAUGAUGACUGAAAGAAAGAACAUUCGAAGUAAUUUACCCCAACCAUGUAAAUUAAUUCAAGCAUCCGAUUGUGUUGAAGAUAUUUGGGGUCAAAUGAUGAAACACUUUGAAACACAUUCACGUUUUAUUGUACAGUUUGUUAAAUACAUUCCAGGUAAGUGUAUUGUUGCCAUUUUCACUUUGUUUGUUUUUCUGUCGAUUGAUCUCCUUCUAUUCUCUCCCUCUUCCUCAUUCUCGUUAUAUAUUUUUGAUGUUGUUCAUGUUUUUCUAUUAUUCUUCAUUUUGGAUUACAAAUACAGUGCCAUUUGAUUUUAAAAUAUGUUGUGUAAUGUAAAUUCCACUUAUUGAUCCAUGUCAAAAACUGCCUGCAAAUCAAACUAUAACACCUCUCAUUUAUGAUAACAUUGCAUAUUCUCUGACUGUUCUAUUGUAUCGCAAAUUAAUUGAAUUCGACAGUAUGAAUCUUUGGAUUCAUAAAUGAAUUUUUUAAACGUUAAACACUGGUCAUGUUGCCUGAAUGACCUCAGUUCAAUCCUUGAGUUAAGGUUAUAGUCUCACAUUGUUGAUGAGUCUCUUACUAGGGGGAUACAAUUAUCUAAGGCUUCUUGUUAUUCGAUGCUAGUUGACUGAUAUCAAGCACACAAGUUAUUAAUUUCCUUUUCUUAAUGAUGCGAUUGUGAGGUCAGUUGCUAUUCUCUCGCUUACUUCAUCGUGCCCCGUUCAUUAAAAUAUUUUGGAUAGAUAAGUAUGUUUGUGUAUAGUAGUAUAUGUUUGUAUUUCUAAAUGUCAAAUACUUCCGUCCACUUUUUUUUACUUCACUAUACACUCAAUAAAUUAAUCACUAAAUUGUAGCGUUAUUUUCAAGUAUGUGAUAACGUUGAUUACAUCAUGUCUCGACAUAGACAGAUAGAUAGGCAUGCAAAUAAAAAGGAGACAUUUUGUCUAUGGGAUUUUUGCUGGGGGGGGGAGAGCGGGGGAGGAAAAAAAAUUACAGACGUUUCAAUAUUUUUCACAUGAUCCUCACUGGAUUUAUAUACACGUAAUGAUGACGAUAAUCAUAAAGAGGAUGAUGCUAAAUACAGAUAGAAAAGACAACCAAAUCCUCGUUUGUUGUAGUUAGAUUUUGUUAUAUUGUAUAUGUAAAUACUUUUAUUUUUUUUCUAAGAAUCCAAGCUCAAUAAUCUGUGACAUAUAUAAAUGUUUGGUUGACUUACGCUUAAUUUACUGUGUAUUGAUAAUCUGCCAUUUAAUGAUUGAAUUACAAUCUUUAAAUUAGCAUAAACAUUUGAGAACAGAUAGAACGAAAAAUCGAAUUUGUUUUUAGUCAUUUAAGGUUUGAUUAAUAUCCUUAACUAGUUAACAGAUAGAAACAUCAUUUUUAAUAGUUGAAUUCGUGAGUCGAUUUGAGCUAGACCAUCACUAGAAAACCUGGAAUUACUGGAAAGCCAUUUCGCCUUAGAAUGGGACUUCUCAACAGUGUGUGUCCAAGAGCCCGUACACCUGAUCCGAACCCAUGACCUUCAAUCUCGCGCAUGAACGCCUUACCUCUAGACCACUAAGCCGGCUUCUAACAGUGUUAAUGUCUAAUUUCAAUCUUCUCAUGAUCUUACGCAACCCUUCAUCCAUUGCCUAGGGGGGGGAUUACUGUUUCACACCCGACAUGAAUUGGACUACACUAGUUACGACUUCUCAUUAUAACUCCAAGAUAUCCCCACAAACCCCCAUUCUAAUAAGAAAUAGAAUUGACAAAAAUAUUUUCUAUACAAUACAUAAAAUUAUAAUUAGUGAUCGUAUGGUGAAUGAAUAUGGUGAUUAGUUGGAAGUAAUGUAACUAUAUGAUGUGAUUCUAGAUUUCGUGCUAACUGGUACUUUUUUUACAAGACGAAUUAACUGUACUACUAGUAGAUUAUUGUCAUUAUGAGAUGUAAUUGUUUUUUACUCAGUGACAUAAACAGUUGCAAUGUUAUCAAUUGACGAAUUCCAGCUUUAGUUGAAUUCAUUUAAGAUUGAAAUGAUCACUGUUAUGUCGAAAGUAAACAGUAAAGUGUUUUGUGGGUUUAGUUUGUAUUAGGUCUCGUGCGAUCGGGCUGUAAUGACAACUGUAUGACCUCUCUGUAGUUCAAUUAUCGGUUAGUUCAUAUAUAUUGCAAGUAUGACUAGUGAUCUAAUUACCAGCUGAUACAAUGACCAAUGAACAACAAUGAGGACCUCAACGUUUACUGUUCUUCGAUUUCUUUCUAGUGUAAUGAUCAAUUAGAAGACGAAGAUAGAAAGAGGAACAGAGUAAAAGUAUAGUAUACUGACGACUUUAGGCCACUCAUCAGCCAAUCAGGAAACGCUGCUUAGUUAUAAAACAAUUAGCAGUACGAAGUAAUAGAAUAACAGUGGAAUAAUAUCUUUGAUCUUAAUAAUCAAUCCUCACAAGUCAAAAUGUCCCUUCCGGU